AUGCCCGUGAGUUGGACCUUUAUUUGAUAAUGUCCUGUACUAUAGCUGGAUAUCUAUAUUCGUUUGGGUUGCAGUAUAUUAACGUCUGUAUUAUUGUUGUCGACUGGCGUCUCAGGUGGUCGUUAGAAAUCAUGCAUGACAACUUUUUAUUCUUGACAAAAUAUGUUCAAUUACGGAAAGACAAACUUAGUCAUUUCGCAAAUUAGACCACAGAGUGGGAUAGCGUUAGAUUGCAAUUGCAUAUUUAGGAAGUUUUGAACUGUUUUCUUAUUUAAGGUGUAUGCUUGCCGUCUCGUCUCUCGUCUGCAUAUAAUUCAUUCACACAGCGAAGAGACAUUCUCCAUCUUCUGUUCAGACUAUCUAAAUUUUCUUCCAAGAAGGAACCAUACAAGAUUUUAGCAUCCGGCAUCUAAAAUAUCACUGUCACACGCAAUGCGCUGUGGACAACGGGAAUGCUGGGAAAUCAACAAAGGAAGCAAAUAAUUACAUCCAUCUUUGUUUCAUAUUCAGCAGAAUCUACGAUUUGCAAACAACAAAUCGACAAGUUAAAAUUGUUCCAUCACUUUUUAUCCAUCAUUGCCGUCCGCAAGUUAUUGAUAUCGAAUCUUUAAAGAAUGGACAGGAUGAAUUUGUAUGUAGAUCGUGAUGUUCCAGUGUUGAACAUUUGACGGACAAAAUCGAUCGAAAAUGUCAUGAAUUAAACAGAGAAACUCAUCGCUAUUGCAAAGUACUGAUAACAGUGCAAGUAUUGCACCGCUCAAUCAUAGUUUUAGCUCACCUUUACAAGAUGGCCACGGCAAUAGAACGACUAAAAGUGCACGGUAAUCCUGUUCCGCGUAAAGGAGACUUAAGACCGCGACAAGGCAAUGAACGUCCUUUUACACAAGGGGCUUUUGAUCCAAACAUAUUCUUUGACAUGGAAGACGUAGCUCUUGAACCCGUUGGCACCGGCCCCACGGAUGUGUUGCUUAAUCCACUGAACAAUCGCACUGGGUUUUACGGCAAGAAGAUUUCAGUGACAAGAAAAAAUCCAAAAGACAAUAUGGGAGUACAAGAUUUCGUAAUAACGGGGACUACCGUUUCACAUCCUGGGCAUGAUUAUUUAACACGUUCAAAGACUACGUCCUCAAUGCAUUUACCGAGACCAGCAGCACAAGAAGAUGGUAAUCUAAGUGGUAACCAAAAAGGAAAGUACACAACAGGGAAUCAGCCGUUUAAAGUAUUAAAUCUUCCUUCGCUGACAUCUAUACCCACUCCUCAAGGUCUUUCAGAGCCACAUGUUUCUAGGAUAAACCACGGAAGGGAGUUAGAAAUCGCUGGGGUUUAUCUUGGACCAAGCACGAGCGACUUCGAAACGAGUACAGAGUACAGCUCAUACAGACGUUUCCCCAAACGAAUGAAGCGUUCUAUCAAAGCAGAGAAACCUACAGAUAUAGAUAAACUACAAGCUUGUUUGAAUAUUCGGCAACCAAGGGAUUCCUCUUCAUCGAUGCAAGGGCAUAAUGUUAAAUUACGACAUAACACCCAGUUCAUGCAGAGGAGAAAUUACCUAAACCCAUACAAAAACAUUAACAAGAACAAACGACCAACUGCCUUUGGCAACUUUAAGUACCAAUUUGAACACGUGGAUAGUUAUGUGAAUUUUAACCAAUUAUAUUCUCCCGGACAGCAAGAUAUGCAGGUGUCUACGGUACUAGCAAAGCAAACUAAAGCUCACUCAGACACGUCCAUAUUACAACUGAUGGAGGAAAUGAAUAGACCAAGGUCACGUGACAGACGGUCCGGGACUUUGUAUUCUGAUAUUGGUGCUCACAGCGAUUUAGAUGAAUAUUUUAGAAUCCGAUCAUCUAGGAUGGAAAGACGAACAACCGCUUCUUCAAAAUCUGCCAAAUCUGCCAAAACGGCUCUAGACAACAUUGUCCCAGAAGCUAACGAGGAUGUAGAAUGGGCAACACAAAACCCGCCUAAUUCGCCUGGCCCAAGGACAACGUAAAUUUCCUCAUUUACGGCAUUUAAAUAACGAUAUGUACUUUUACUUUGUGUGUAAUUCUGCGCACUAUUUCGAGUAAUCCAAUUUGAACUAUAAAUUGGAAAGCACAACGGAGAUUUUAAUGUCUAGAUUGUAGCAAGCACCAACACAUAUUCAAUACCAUACUAAAUGCUCACAUUAUUGUACUGCCGCUAUAUUUAAAGAAAGACAAAGUGAGCAUGAUUUUGUAUAAAAAGUAUAAAAGUAUAAAGACCAACCAGUAGAAUGCUAAACUUGCUGGUGGGUUUCGUGCAGACCUUACUGUUUUACAGAGAAACAUUAACAACCUGGAGAUGAUAAUAAUACAACUUACCGCUCUCAAAAUGUAAUUGCUCAAUGUGCAUUUAAAUA